UCCAGCUGCUGACACAGAUUUCGCCACCAUUUCGUUUACAUUCAGGCCUCUAAAUAUGCAAAAACGAGCGGACCAGCAAGAGUACACCGGUGAAAUGUCGCUUCAGAAGGACUGUUCGUCUGACGAGAGUUUGCAAGGUUCCUGGGUUGAGCUGCACUUCAGUAGCACUGGUUCUCAAAGUAAUAGUCACCAUGGCAGCCAGGAGCAGAUCCCCACGUCCAGCCAGGAGGGAGACCUGCUGGAGAAACUGCUUCUGGAUGCACAGCACGAGUCAGGAAGAUCCAGCUCCAAAGGAAGCUCUCAGUGCAACAGCCCACUCAGAGCACAGACCCCCCUUCUUGUGUGGAGAGGCUCGGAGGGAAACAGCUCACAGUCAGAUGAAGACUUCCAAGAAAGAAGACGGGAAGUGGAGAUGAUGAUGAAGAAAAAUGCUGACUGGAUCUGGGACUGGUCUAGCCGACCUGAGAACAAUCCACCAAAGGAGUUCCUGCUGAAGUACCCUAAGCGCUCGACCUCCCUCAGCAUUAGGAACACCAGCGUCAUGAAGAACGGAGGUGUUCUCUCUGCUGACUUUCUGAAGCUUUUCCUUCCCUCAUUAAUCAUUUCUCACAUACUUGCUGUUGGCCUAGGGAUAUAUAUCGGGAAGCGCCUAACCUCCCACAACACCUACUAGUAGGAUGGUGAUGUGUUGUGACACCAUCUUACAUUCACCAUCUUGGCAUGCCUUAAAAUGUGACUUUCUAUACAUCAAGGGAGAUGUUGUGAUGCCACACAGUCCAGUUUGACUGAGUGUCCCACACCAGCACAGAGCAUUAUCAGUCACUGUUGGUUCAUAGCGCCUCCUCUUGAACACAACAGUGACCUGUCCUCUGCUCCGUGCUCUCAUCCCUACUGUUCGCUGCUUCCUGCUCCUUAAAUCUGCACGUUUGGGAACUGGUAUUUUUAUUGCCUUUUUCUUUUUGCAAUGAGAAAUCACUUUUGAUUUUAAAUGAUAGUCAGUUGAUGUUUUUCCUGUUUUUUAGAUCAGGUAAUUGUCUUGACUUGUAUUUUUAAUUUUAUGCUCAAGGGAUCAUUAUCUUAUGUCAAUAGUGACUGCUCUGUUACCAAUUGCUCAGUGUGUGACAUUGUAAAUUGUGAUUAUGUGAAAAUCAAACGUUAGCUUUCACAGAUGUGGUCCAUUUUAUUCGUCCUGAACAAAAUAAAGUUUGAAGCAUG